GAGGCUCAACUCCAAGAGGAUCCCAGUGACCUACACUAAAAGCGCCUCUCUGUGGGUCAAUUCUUGCACUGAAUUCGAGCCCUUUGCUCAUAUGUACGUACGUCACCAAGAAUCUCAACCUGCAGGAAAUUCUUACUUGAGAAUAUUCAGCUAUGAACAUCGUUGAUCAAUGUAAAGCUGCAAACGCCCUUGGAGGCAAGACUGCCAGGGCUUGCGAUAGCUGUUUACUGAAGAGGGCUCGAUGGUUUUGCGCUGCGGAUGAUGCUUUUCUCUGCCAAUCCUGUGACGUUUCCGUGCAUUCGGCUAAUCAGUUGGCAAGUCGACACGAAAGAGUUCGUCUUGAAGCAUCGUCGUUUAAGGGCAGUGAAGGGCAUUCUUCACCAGCUUGGCAUCAAGGGUUCACUCGAAAGGCCAGAACCCCACGACAGGGAAAGCCGGCCGCACGGCUGCAGCCACUAGCCAACCACGCGUUUCCACUAGUCCCGGAGAUUAACGCUGAAGAUGGAGCGUUCUCGGAGGAGAAUGAAGAGCAGUUUCUUUAUAGGGUUCCUGUUUUUGAUCCUUUCGCUGAUGAAUUUUGCAGUGAAACGGUGAAAGGGGAAGAAGCUGACGGUGGACACGAUUUGAAUCUUGCGGAGCUGUUGAGUACUUGUGAUGAUGAUCUUGCGGAGUUUGCAGCAGAUGUUGAGAAUUUAUUAGGGACUGGAGUUGAGGAGGGUUCUGGUUGUCCAAUUCACUGCAAGGAUGAAGACAAUGGCUCUGAUGAAUUGUUACAUGGGAAAGGAGUGAAAAUUGAAGAGGAUGAUGAUGAUGAUGAUGAGGUGCAGGCUGUGAUAGCUUGUCAUUUCGAUCCAGCACUGGAUAUGGAGCUGAAUUGGGACUUUGAUUACGUGUCUUCCAUGGCUCGCCAAGAGACGAAAAACGUAGCAGCCAUUGAGACAACAUCGAGUAUGGAUAGUGGAAGUGAAUCCCAUGCUAAGACGAGGAUGUUUCUGAGGCUCAACUAUGAAGCAGUCAUCGCUGCUUGGGCUGCGCAAGGUUCUCCAUGGACCAAUGGAGUUCGACCACACUUUAACCUUGAUGACUUCAUGGUUACAUGCUUGGAAGGAGACUCUCAUCCAUCAUGUGGUGGAAGAUCAGGAGCCAAUGAUGCAGAAAGAGAAGCAAGAGUGUUAAGAUACAGGGAAAAGAGAAGGACAAGGUUGUUCUCAAAGAAGAUACGAUACGAGGUCAGGAAACUAAAUGCAGAGAAGAGACCACGGAUGAAAGGUCGAUUUGUGAAGAGGACGAACUUCUCAGGGUCUUCCAGCUUACCUUACCUGAUCAAUAAAUGAACAUGUACAUUAAUCAAGAGUAGCAGGAAAUGGCGAAUCAAAAUUUUCCUGCCUUAACAAACUGGCCUUACUGUACUUGUUGGUAUACUAGGGCCCUAGCUUAUUUGCAACGAAUGGAGGUGAAAUUUUUGUAGUCUUGUCCAAAGGAAUUUCCUCCAUCAUCCGGCCACUUCUCUAAUUGUCAUGGUGGACUUGGAUUUCAGUUCUAAUUUUGUACUAUAUCAUGUAUUUCAUAUC